GCUCGGGCGGGGCUGGAGCUUGGGGGAGGGGAGGAAGGCGGGGUUUCUUGGGCCUUCCUGCUCCUCCCCGCCUCUGGUCAGGACCGGAAAUGAGGUCACAGAGGGAGCCCCCCGCGGAGAGACGGGGCCCAAACUGCGGUGGCCGCUGACCGGGGCUGCGGCAGCUGACGGGGCUUCAUGGAUGAGCUGGUACAUGAUUUGGCCUCAGCCCUAGAGCAGACAUCUGAGCAAAAUAAACUAGAUGAGCUGUGGGAGGAGAUGGCUCUGAGCCCCCGACAGCAGAGACGACAACUUCGAAAGCGGAGGGGUCGGAAGCGGCGUUCUGAUUUCACCCACUUAGCUGAGCAUACCUGCUGCUAUAGCGAGGCCUCGGAAUCCAGCUUGGAUGAGGCUCUGAAAGACUGUCGGGAAGCGGCCACAGUCACUAACUUCAGUGACUCUGAUGACACAAUGGUGGCCAAGCGACACCCGGCUCUCAGUGCCACCCUGAAGAGCAAGCAGCAUACUUGGCAUGAGUCAGACUCCUUUACUGAGAAUGCGCCCUGUAGACCAUUGCGGCGGAGGAGGAAGGUGAAGCGAGUGACCUCAGAAGUGGCUGCCAGCCUCCAACAAAAACUAAAGGUGUCAGAUUGGAGCUAUGAAAGAAACUGCAGGUUCAAGUCUGCCAAGAAGCAGCGGUUGUCACGUUGGAAGGAGAACGCUCCCUGGACUUCAUCAGGCCAUGGGUUGUGUGAGCCCACAGAAAACAGGACUUUCCUUACCAAAUCGGUCAGGAAGGAGAGGAUGGAGUGUGAAGGUGAUGAACAAAAACAGGGCUCUGAUGAGAACAUGUCGGAAUGUGAAACCAGCAGUGUAUGUAGUAGCAGUGAUGCGGGUCUCUUCACCAAUGAUGAAGGUCGUCAAGGGGAUGAUGAACAAAGUGAUUGGUUCUAUGAAGGUGAAUGUGUCUCAGGAUUCACAGUCCCCAAUCUUCUCCCCAAGUGGGCACCUGAUCAUCGAUCUGAGGUAGAGAGAAUGGAUGCAGGACUAGACAAACUUUCAGAUUCCACAUUCCUUUUGCCCUCUCGUCCAGCUCAAAGAGGGUUCCAUUCACGCUUGAAUCGGCUCCCUGGAGCUGCUGCCCGAUGCCUCAGAAAAGGACGAAGAAGGCUUGUUGGAAAGGAAACCAGCAUGAGCACUUUAGGGACUGAGAGGGUAGGCCACAUAAUUAGUGAUCCACGUCAGAAAGAAAAGAACAAAGCAUUGGCUUCUGAUUUUCCCCACAUUCCUGCCUGUUCACAUGAGUUCAAUCCCCUUUCUCCCCUCUAUUCUUUGGAUGUUCUUGCUGAUGCCUCCCACCGAAGAUGCUUACCAGCACAUUGUUCUGCAAGACAGGCAAAUGUACACUUGGGACCACCAUGUUCAAGGGACAUAAAGAGGAAACGGAAACCUAUGACCACAGCAUCUCUGUCCAGCCCAACUGCAGCUUUACCUGUUCACAUGGACGAAGUAGAAGCAAUCCCACCAUCAUCUCAGACUCAGAAAUCUCCGAAUUCUGAGUGGUCAGUCCGGACCUAUGCAGCAGAGAAAACCACAGGGCCAGCUACAGUGACCUUUUUUAAAAUGCCGCAGGAAAAAAGCUCUGGAUGCAGCUAGAGAAGUGUUUUGCUCACCAAAUAUUGGCUGGAUUUGUUAAAAACAUUUUAGACUUUGGACUAUACUGUCCCAGCUGUCUUAUUUGGCAAUACCUAUCGUCAUUUUCAGCGCACUUAUCUUCAAUCACAGCAACUUGAUCUCUUUAUUGGAAAAUCAUGCUUAUGAUUCAUUUUUUUAAAAGUAUUAACAUGUUGGGGCAGUUGAAAAAAAUUCUUGCUAUGCUGUAUUUAUUAUGUUUAUCUGUCACUGCUGUCCCAACAUCUAUCUACAGCUACUUUUACAGAGCUGUUGCUUUUUUGCAGAUGUCUGUCUUUGUUGUUGUGAAACUGGUGAUUGCUUUUGCAUCUUAUUUUGUGGCAGUGCUGCCAAUGUCCUUUGAAGAAAAGCUGACUUUCAGCUAGCUCCAGGCAAGUGUGAGAACUGAGUUUGACUAGCAUGAAAUUGACCAGGAGGUAGGACACUAAAACAUGAGACUGAUUUCAAGUCUGGGGCUUUGAAAUUUUGUAUUUUGGUGGUUUCAGUACAGCAAGACUCCAUCAAUCAUGCUGGAUCUUAGGAGAAACAUGGGCUAGUAACUUGGGCCUCAGAAAAAGUUUAUCUAGUAGAUAUCUUAACAUUGCUCAUGAUUAUACUAAUCAUUGCCUUUUCUCCUGUAUUCUUUUCUUGAGCAAGAAAUCCCAUUAAACACAUUCAAAUUGGCAUAAUGAAGAUAAUUUAGGUGAAAAUAAGCUCUAAGGUAUCUAGUAAAAAUAUUUUUAAAAAUUGCAUUUCCCAAGUCAAAGCCUUCCUUAAGCAGUCCUUUUAUCAUGUGAGUUAUUGAUCUUUCAGGUCAAUAAUUUUAAGCUUAUCUGUUGCUAUAAUAACUCUUUUGGGUCAUCUGUUUUUUUGAUAAAAAUUUCCAUUGUCUCCCUUCAUUCUUAAAGCAUUGUGAAGACCUCUGGUCAUACCUGAGGUUAGUUGCGAUGCUAUCAAUAUGAGGGAUAUAUAGCUAAUGGGAAAUGCUAAAGGGAGGCUGCCAUUUCCUAUAGUAGUAUUAGACCACAUGUUUUAAGGGGCUUAAUGUAAAGGUGCUCACUUUGAGUACUUUAUACUGUGAAACAUGUAAGAGGAAACUGUAAAAGAAUGAAAAGUCAGUAAAUUGAUUUUUUACAUGCAUACUGUACACAGUAAAUUCUAUAGGGAUUCUCACA